UAAGACUCCUAGCCCACCAAGCAAGAAGAUUUCACCGUGCAUGACUCGGACGGAACAAAUCUUUACCCAAUGUACUCCUAUAAAGGUGCAUCCACUGCUAAAAAGGCGGAAGCUGGACGAGGAUGAUGAGGAGCGAUUGCGACGAUGGGCUGCCAAUCGUUCGUCGGAGCAGAGUCAGGUUGUGGCGGCAUAUGAAGGAAAACAACAUCUAUCAUUGGUCCGAGAGGACAUCUGCUCAUUGCUACCCUGGCGUUGGGUCACCAGCAACAUCGUUCAUUGGAUGUGUUCAACCUUUAAUGACCCAGAAUCGUUGCGGUUUAAGAAUGACUUUUACUGUAUUCCUCCAGAAAUUUUGGUAUGCACGAAUUUGUGGCUUCUUAUCGAUCAAUCUUUGAGGUCUGAUCCUAAAUAGUGCUUUUUAUACAGGAAACUGUGUUGCAAAAGAGGAACUUGGAUUCCUUCAGGGAGGUUCCUACUGUUAGUUAUGUGGGGUUGGGUCCUCACUUCGGUGAUGAUUUUAUAUUUUUUGACAAGAUAGCAGCUUCCAAGCGAAAAUGGGUAAGUUAAUGCGCUAGUUGAAGGUUGAUUUUUUGGUUUAAGUGCUUACAACACCGUGUUUAUUACUUGGAUGUUGCUUGUGAUAGGCAACGGGAUGUUCCCCUUAAUUGCCAAAUGGAUGGUUCUGUAUUUGGUUUUUAGUUCUCACGUCUUAGGCAAUUGAAUCAGCGUGUACUUAAUUGAGAUGUGAUUGGCUUUCGUUUCAUUAUAUGUUCCUCAACAUGCUAAAUGUUUUAGAAAUUUCGCUUAUAUCUGUAUUUGGUGACUCCAUUGAUCGUGUAACUGAUUUGAUAUCUAUGUUUCCAUCACAGUGGUUUGCCCCAGUCUGUAUCGAUCGUCAUUGGUGGCUGUAUGCCUUUGAGAUAUAUCAGAAAAGGUUGUGGGUACUGGAUAGUAUGUAUAUAGGAGAACCUAGUAAUGAAAGAUUAAAAAUACAUGCUUAUGCGGGGAGAAUCAUUGAAGACAUGGCAAAAGUUACGAUGCCCGCAUAUGAGCACACGAAGGACGGUCUACCUCGUUUCUAUCCCAGCGUACCAAGACAAGAUAACGGCUGUGAUUGUGGUGUAUUCGUCAUCAAGUUCAUGCAGUUUUGGAGUUUAGAUAAACCCUUGCAGCAUUGGGACAAGGUGAAGACGUUGUACAGGAGUUUAGGAAGGAGAUCAUACUAGACAUAGUCUUGGGUCCUCAUAAUUCACAAAUUGGGACAACGCUGCAGGCAUUGAACAGCGCUCCUGUGCGCCACAACCAGCCAAGGAAAAAGACUAAGGCUGUGAAAUCACCAUUCACAGCACCAAGCACGAAGAGCAUGCUGCAGCGUGCGGGGUUACCGAUUAGAAAGCCAAACAAGGGGAGAGACAACGGAAGAAGACAGUUUCCUUGGUAAGAAAAAAUCAAUAUACAUACCUUAGUCUAUCCAUGGCCUCCUGAUAGAGUUAUAGGCGUUCAUAUAACCAUUUGACGACUUAGAUUCGUUUUGUGUGAGCCUAAUAAAGCCUGCUUCACUGCAGGUUCAUGAUUUCAUGUUGCGGAUUUUGUCAAGUUGAUGGUGACAAUCAAGACAAAACCUCUUAAUGGAUGGUGCUCAUGCUAUGCAUUAGGAUAUUUCUUUUCUUUGUAAAUCGGAUGGUUCUGAAUUUAUUUUUUGAUCUAUCAUAUUUUAGGCAUUUGAACUUGCAUAUACUUCAUUGAGAAGUGAGUUUCUCGUGUUUUGUUAGAUACUCCUCAGCAGGUUUCGUAAGUUAGGUAUUUCACAAUUCUCAAGCAAUUAGUUUUCAAUCUGUGGAUAUCACUGGUUCAUUAAGAAAUGCACUUCAUAUU